AUGGCGGGACCAGCAAAACGGCAACGCCUCGCAGAGGAUGGAGACGAUGCGGCUGCGCCAGUCUCCGAGUAUGAUCAGGACCAGCAGCCUCCAUUGAAGAAGCCAAAGAACGAAACAAAUGCCGCCGCACGCCGCACGCUUUUCGUUCGGUCUCUCCCCGCUAUAGCCACGAGCGAUGCCUUGACGGAAAAGUUUUCCCAAGACUACCCCCUUAAGCAUGCGACCGUUGUCAUGGAUACGGAGACCAAGCAAUCAAAAGGUUAUGGCUUUGUCACAUUCGCAGACGCAGAAGAUGCCCAGCGCGCUUUGGAACAAUUCAACGGCCAGGCGUUCCUAGGUCGGAAUAUGAGAAUUGAGAUUGCACAACCCAGGUCUCGUGUAAUGGUCACCGGUGGAGGUCCUGAUGGGAAGCCAAAAAGCACGGUAUCUGCAGAGGCUGCUGCUGUGAAGGAAGCUCGCAAACAAAAGAUGGCAGAGGACUGGAAACCGUCAAAGCUCAUUAUUCGAAAUCUUCCUUGGAGUAUUAAGGAACCUGAGCAACUGUCGCAGCUAUUCCAGAAAUUUGGCAAAGUCAAACAGGCUAAGCUUCCGAAGGUCAAGGAAACGCAGGGAGGUUUUGGUUUUGUGGUCAUGCGGCGCAGGAAGCACGCAGAGAAAGCCCUGGAGACUAUCAAUGGUACGACUGUGGACGGAAGAGUGGUGGCAGUAGAUUGGGCUGUUGAAAAGGACACCUGGGAGAAGCAGCAAAAGGUCGCGGAUGAGGAUGCUGAGGACUUGGAUGAUGAGGAUGGCGGCGCAAAAGUAUCAGGAGACGAGGUGGAUGCUAAAUCCGAAAACGAGAACGACGAUGUUGCAAAUUUCAUGCGCAAUUUUGGGGAUCAAUUAGAGUCUGAGGAUGAUGACGACGAUGUUGAUGACCAGGCCCGCUCGGAGGAGGAAGAGGACGACGACGACGAAGAUUGGGACACGGAUGAGGAGCUCAAAGAUCAUAAACCUCAAAAAGUAUUUAUUAAAGAUAACUCCACCACGCUCUUUGUCCGGAACCUUCCCUUUACGACCCUGGAUGCUAGUCUCAAGGAGCACUUUACUCAAUUUGGCCCUGUGCGCUAUGCACGAGUCGUCAUGGAUCGCGCUACCGACCGCCCUAAGGGCACAGGGUUUGUCUGCUUCUUCAAAGUUGAGGAUGCGGAUGCAUGUUUCAGAGGGGCGCCUCGGUAUCAACUCAGCGGUGCGAAUGCUAUCAAAAAAGGGGAUGGCGUAGCGGCAAAGGUUAAACACUCUGUCCUGGAGCCCGAAACCGCGGACUCGAGCGGUGCAUAUACUCUUGAAGGUCGCGUUCUCCAAAUCUCGCCAGCUGUUGACCGAGACUCCGCGGUCAAGCUGACCGAAGAGGGCACACACUUCCGAGACGAUCGCGAUAAGGACAAGCGAAAAUUAUAUCUGUUGUCAGAAGGUACGGUUGCAGCUGGCACGCCUCUUUACGAAAUGCUCUCACCGGCCGAGGUCAAGAUGAGGGAAGACAGUGCAAAGCAACGCAAAAAGCUAAUUCAAAACAACCCCACACUGCACUUGAGCUUAACCCGUCUUUCAAUUCGUAAUCUACCUCGCAAUAUCGACUCCAAGGCUUUAAAGGCCCUUGCACGAGAAGCCGUAGUUGGGUUUGCCAAAGAUGUUAAGGGUGGCCUUCGGGCACAGCUUUCUAAGGAAGAAGAGGCUCGUGGCGGCGAAGAAAUGCGCGACGCAGAGAGGCAGAGAAAGACGAAGGGCAAAGGCGUUGCCAGGCAAGCGAAGGUUGUCUUUGAGGGUAAAGAAGGUGCGAAGAUUCCUGAGACCGCUGGGGCUGGACGAAGCCGAGGGUAUGGGUUUGUCGAAUACAGCUCACAUAGAUGGGCGUUGAUGGGAUUACGAUGGCUAAAUGGGCAUGCUCUUGAGAACGAUGCUGGAAGGAAGCAGAGGUUGAUUGUUGAGUUUGCUAUUGAGAACGCCCAGGUGGUAUCGAGGAGAAAGGAACGAGAAGAGAAAGCUAGGACUCGAUCGAAGGAAGUCGUCGAGGCACGAGAGAAGGGGGAGGCACCACCCAAAGAGAAGAAGCCAUUACGGCGGGACACAACCAUGGCGAUGACCCGCAAGGGCAUGAAGGGGAAGAAGGGGCGUCCUGUCCCAGGGAAAUCAUUCGACAAGGUAGUGCAUAAGGUGGCCAAACAAGCAGAUACAGGUGUUCGGAAUAAGAAGCCAAGAAGCGAGCCAUCUUCUACAAACGCCAAGGACAGCGAGGACAGCCGUAUAGCAAAGAGAGCGCACAUCAUACAGAAAAAGCGCAUGAUGAGAAGGCAGAGAAAACCCUGA